UCAUUCUAACCUCGUUUAUUAGACACAUUCUAUCGUCUCUCCGAGGGCUCUCCAUUUCUUCCCGUUAGGUUUCCGUUUGUUCUUCUUUUUCUCCGCCUUUUUACCGGAAAAUUUGCCGGAAAGUCUGUUUGUUGAAGCAAUUGCUUCCUCUUCUGUUUUGUUUUUCGUCUUUUGUUGAAUCCCUGGUUUGAAUUUUGGUGUGGAUUCUUUGAUUUCCAGAUCUGCAUGGUGAAGAGCGGUUUCGGUGUUUGAUGUUUGAUUUGGUUUUGAAUUCGUAGCUUGAUUUUUGUGUUUGUUGUUAUCAAAUUCUUCUUCUGAGCGGAUCGCGGUGGGAUAUUGGAAGUGUAUAGGGGAGCGCGGUGGAUUUGACGGUGGAAAUAGCUACUUUUUUUGCUUCUUUUGAGGGGGUAGCCGGGGCCUCGGCCUCGGCGGGUUUUAAAGCCCCCACUUGGACGAACUCUGAAUUUACCAUUCCUUUUUCUUAACAAUUUCUCUAACUAAUCUUUUCGUUUUUUAAUUUUUCCGUCUCCAUUUUCUUAUUCUUUUCUUGAUCCGUCGUCGGAGAGAUGCCGGCCCUAGCUUAUUGCGUGGAAGCUGCUGCAGCUCCUCCUCCUGGCUGCGCUUUUGCUGGGGAUAGCUCUCUUCCGUCGCCGGUCUUAUUUUCCGGCGGACCUCCGGAGACUACCAUCUUCACCUCUCCCGCUGCUGCUCCCAUUUCUGAAAAUCCCUCUUGGUCUCCUUCUCUGUCUUCCUCCCUUUACAAGAUCGAUGGAUGGGGUGCCCCUUAUUUCUCUGUCAAUGGCUCUGGGAACAUGACCGUUCGUCCUUACGGUACAGCCACCUUGCCCCAUCAGGAGAUUGAUCUCUUGAAAAUUGUGAAGAAGGCUUCAGAUCCGAUUAGCUCUGGUGGGCUUGGCUUGCAGCUUCCUCUUAUUGUGCGCUUUCCUGAUGUGCUUAAGAACCGUUUGGAGUCUCUCCAAUCGGCAUUUGAUUGUGCUAUUCAAUCUCAGGGAUAUGGGUCUCAUUACCAGGGCGUUUAUCCGGUCAAAUGCAACCAGGACAGGUUCGUUGUUGAAGACAUCGUGAAAUUCGGUUCUCCUUUCCGUUUCGGUCUUGAGGCUGGAUCGAAACCGGAGAUACUCCUGGCAAUGAGCUGUUUGUGCAAAGGGAAUAGAGAUGCCUUUUUGGUGUGCAAUGGUUUCAAGGAUGCGGAGUACAUUUCUCUGGCUCUUAUUGCUAGGAAGCUCGCUUUGAACACUGUGAUUGUGCUUGAACAAGAGGAAGAGCUUGAUUUGGUUAUUGAUUUGAGUAAAGCGCUCUUUGUUCGCCCUGUGAUCGGCAUGCGUGCGAAGCUAAGAACCAAGCAUUCUGGUCAUUUUGGGUCUACAUCAGGCGAGAAAGGGAAAUUUGGUCUUACGACCACACAAAUUCUUCGUGUGGUUAGGAAGCUUAAACAGGCUGAUAUGCUUGAUUGUCUUCAAUUGCUCCAUUUUCAUAUCGGUUCCCAGAUCCCCUCCACCGCGUUACUCACUGAUGGCAUUAGCGAGGCUGCUCAAAUCUAUUGCGAAUUGGUUCGUCUCGGUGCCAACAUGCUAGUUAUCGACAUUGGAGGUGGUCUUGGUAUUGACUAUGACGGGUCGAAGUCAGGGGAUUCUGAGUUAUCUGUUGCUUAUGAACUCGAAGAGUAUGCCUCUACCGUUGUUGAUGCAGUCCGCUGUGUAUGCGACCGUAGGGCCGUUAAGCACCCGAUAAUUUGCAGUGAAAGUGGCCGAGCAAUCGUCUCUCAUCACUCUGUUCUGAUAUUUGAGGCUGUUUCUGCUAGCUCUUAUGAGGUCCCAUCCAUGAGCCCAAUUGAACGUCAGUAUCUUGUCGAUGGACUGACCGAUGAUGCCCGUAUCGAUUAUCAGAACCUUUUGACUGCAGCUUAUAUGGGUGAGUACGAGGCGUGCUUGCUAUAUGCAGAUCAAUUGAAGCAAUGCUGCGUUGAUAAAUUCAAGGAUGGGUGUUUGGGAAUGGAAGAACUAGCUGCGGUAGAUGGACUUUGUGCCCUUGUUUCAAAGGCAAUUGGAGAGGUUGAUGCUGUAAGAACUUACCAUGUAAACCUCUCCAUUUUCACCUCUAUCCCAGAUUUCUGGGGUAUUGACCAGCUGUUUCCGAUUGUCCCUAUUCAUCGUCUCGAUCAGAGACCAUCAGUGAGGGGCAUUCUGUCCGAUCUAACCUGUGACAGUGACGGUAAGAUCGAUAGGUUUGUCAAUGGUGAGUCAAGCUUGCCGUUGCACGAGCUCGAAGGCAACAGCAGUUUAUCAGGUGGAGGUGGGCGAUACUAUCUUGGGAUGUUUCUAGGUGGGGCUUAUGAGGAGGCUCUCGGUGGUGUUCACAACCUGUUUAGUAGCCCGAGCGUGGUUCGGGUAAUGCAGAGCGAUGGACCACAUAGCUUUGCAGUCACUCGCACUGUGCCUGGGCCAUCAUGUGCGGAUAUCCUCCGAGUAAUGCAGCACGAGCCCGAGCUCAUGUUUGAGACCCUCAAGCAUCGAGCUGAGGAGUUUGGGCAGGAGGAGGAUGAUGUUGGAGGCAUUGCCAAUAGCUUGGCCAUGUCCUUCCGCAACAUGCCUUAUUUGGCUAGCGCAUCUUCCUGCACCAAUGGUGCUGGCGAUGCCGAGCAGUGGACUUACUGCUAUGCUUGAUGAAUAAUGUUUGAAGGUUUAGUCGUUAGCCACAUCCCUAAAUAAGCUAUUGGUCUGUUUUCGUUGUCGUUGUCGUCGUCGUCGUAGGUCCGUCGAUGUAGUUCGGAAAAAGAAAAAGUACCUUUUUUUUUUUUUGUUCUUUGGCUUGUUGCAAAGGGUUAUGAGAGCACAGCAACAGCAGCUAAGCUCCUCUUCCUUUGGCUUUAUUUUUGUUUAGAUCAGAGAGAGGGGAUUAGAACACCCGAAUCCACCCUUUUGUUAAUUCGGGAUCUUGAAUCUCUCUUGGUUAUAUCACUGUGUACAACUUUUAAGAAGCUGUCAAUGGCUGUUUUUCUUUUCAGAUC